AUGGAACCGUCCACCUUCGAUGAGCAGCUGUUUGGUGACUUUACGAGUGACACGCUCGGUACGUUGGCCGGUGGCGCAAAGCCCAUCCACGCCGGUUCGUCGACUGGAGCGGUCGUAUCGGCGACUGGCCACGGCAAUCUGCAGGUGAUGAUGGGACUGGGCCACUCACCGACCCAUGAUGGUGGUGGCCAUCAGCGGUUGCCCGAGGUGAACAGCAUCCUGUCGGUGGCGGGCUCUCCCAGCUACAAAACCAUCGACUACACCAACCUCAGCAAGGUGGAGUAUCACCAUCUGGCCAACGGCAAGCUGGACGGGCCGGCUUCCUACUCACCUCCUUCCGGACAUGCCCAACACCAGCAAACGGGCCAACACCCGGCAGGCAACAAGCCGCUCGAAUACGUCAACUGUAAGCUGGAAUAUUACACCGCGCUGCCCACCGCCCACGAUAAUCCGAAUAAAGUAGAGUUCAUUAAAACCCUAGAUUACAACGGGAACGGGCGGUUGGACUACUCCACGUCGUCCUCGUCCUCGCCGAAUGGUCCGAAGACCCUCGACUAUGGUGCCGGCGGGCCUGCCGGCGGAAAGCUCGACUACGAGACGACGAUCGCCAUGUUCCAGCAUCCCGGACCGCCGCAGGGUCCGGUAGCGUCUGGGCCACCCGGUGCCACCAUGCUCGAUCCUUCGGGGAUGCUAAAUGGUGGGCAGGGUGGGGUGGGCGUCGUGAUGGCGGUAGGCGCAGGUCCUGGGAAACCACGGAAAAGCGACGAUAUGAACGGGGCGUCCGGUUCGUCGACGCCUACGACCACCACGCCGCUAGACGGUGCCGGUAAUGGGAAGAAAAGCGACAAAAAGAAGUCCGACCCGAACGGGAUCAAGAAGAAGAAAACCAGGACGACCUUCACCGCGUACCAGCUUGAGGAGCUUGAGCACGCCUUCGAACGGGCGCCUUAUCCGGAUGUGUUCGCUCGCGAGGAGUUAGCGCUGAAGCUGAACCUGAGCGAGUCGCGUGUACAAGUUUGGUUCCAGAACCGUCGGGCAAAAUGGCGCAAGCGCGAACCACCUCGGAAGUCGGCGUACCUUGGCAACAACAGCCCAUCGGCACCGAUGAAUGGCCCGAUCGGUUCGUCCUUUAGCCAGUUCCCGCAAACCGCCACGGUCACACCACCGGGCAGCGUCGACAGUUGGUCCACCUAUCAGGCACCGUACGAGCUCGGGCCACAUAUCAACCUGCUGUCGCCGGCCGUCAGCCCGUACGGGUCCUUUAGCACCCAAUACGGUACUUACAUGCCCGAAAGUCACAUGUUUCCGGUGCGGCAGCACUACGACUACGGUAGCCCAUCCCGACCGGGUGUAGGCGAACCUGGACCGGACGAAACGGGCCACCAACAUCAGCACCAUGGGCAUCAUCAUCACCACGCGCAUCACGGUCACCACAAACCCGACCACUAUGCGACCUCGAUGGACGACAAGUUCGAGACGCACUGUACUGGCGGGCUUCCGGAUGGCCUCACCAAUGGAAAGUACGUCGAUGACACGAAGUACAUCCACGGAGUCGACGUGCACCACUACCCGGACACCGAUCCGAAGUACGGCAACUGCCACCAGCUGGACGAUCCGUCGAUGAAAGCUCACUACGGUCCACCGCAGCCUCCACAGCAAGCUCAAGCACCACCUUCGCAACAGCAGCAACAGCAGCAGCAGCAACAACCCCAGCAAGGUCAGUGUCAGUCCGUCGGCGUGGACGAUCCCGACACGCUGGGUAUGGUAAAAGCCGAGGAGAGUGUCACCCACAGCUACGUACUUCCAUCUUUUUUGCCCUGA